AUGAAAAGAAAGCAUAAUGAAAAUAUUGAUGAAGAUGAAUCCAAGUUAUCGUCGUUACUUUUUAAUAAAAGUAAAAGAUUUGUUACUGAAUUGUCGAGUGAAAGAAAAUUGGACAGUGAUACCCAUCACAAGCCAGCAUGGAUCGACGAAGAUGAUGCGCAAGUUAGAAUUAAGAACGUUAUUCCAAAAUUAAAAAAUGACGGCCUUUAUGCAGAAAAACUAAAACAAAAAUAUGAAACACUUAUUGGAAGUCCUGCCUGGGCGAAAGUCAAGAAUAGAGAAGAAUCUUUAAUAGAGUCAGAUGUAGUUAAAACAGUUGGGCACCUUGAAAAAACUAAAAUUGCAAAGUUUGAUCGAAGAUUAUUACAAGUAAAAUCCAACACAACAAUUACUCCUCAACGUGGAGCAAUCACUACAUCUCUUAAAUUCCAUCCAAAAAUUAGUGCUGUAAUGCUUGCUAACAGCUCGGGAGUUGUGGCAUUGCAUUCUUUGGACCAAAAUGCGAAAUUACAUAGUUUUAAACUCAAGGGUUGGACAAUAUCCAGUACACAUUUCAACAGUGAUGGGUCAGAAGCCUAUGUGUCUAGUGUGAAACAUAAUUAUUGUAUUUAUGACGUAGUUAAAGCAACCACUAAAAUCCUGCAACUACCUCACACUUUGAAGAAGGUUUCCCUUUUCAAACUGUCUCCUGAUAGUAAAGUUUUGGCAGUAUCAGGAGGUUUUGCAGAGGUAUAUAUUAUUUGUGCUAAGACAAAUGAAUUAAUAAGAGUCAUAUUAAAUAAUUCUAAUGUUAAAGCAAUGACAUUUAGCUUUGAUUCUAAAGAAUUAUAUUGCUUCAAUGAAUUUGGUGAAAUUACUGUUUGGGAUCUAAUAGCACAAAGGACAGUUAAAAAGUUUUUUGAUAAUGCAUGUGUUACUCCUUCGAGGAUAACUAUGAGCAACUGUGGACGUCUUUUAGCUACUGGCACAGGAGAGGGUAUUGUAAAUAUAUAUGAAACUGAACAGUUAACUUCGAGCAACCCUGUGCCCUUGAAAACUAUAUCCCACUUAACAACUAAAAUAACAAACAUUACAUUUAAUCCAACUACAGACUUAUUAUCAGUGUCAUCAAGUUUUCUACCAAAUGCACUGAAAGCCAUCCAUAUACCAUCAUAUAGAGUUUUUCCCAAUUUCCCAAAGAAGAAUUUACAACUCAUUGAGACAGUAGGGUUUUCUCCUAAUGGUGGUUAUAUGGGAAUUAGCAACAAUAAGGGCUUUGUUAAUCUAUUUAGAUUAGCUCAUUUUAAAAAUUACUAA